AUGCCACGGUAUUUAGCACUUGACUACGCUUUCGAGGCAAUUAAAGAGCAUCAAAAUUUCCUGAGUAUAUUCCUCUUGGCUCUGCCAUCAAGUCUUGAUGUUCAUUCAAAUGUCAAAAGAGAUGAUGACAGUUACAAAUUGCCUUGGCUUAAAUUGAAAGGCAAGAGUACAUUAAGCUCCUUGACUGAUUGUUCUGGAAUAAAAGAAUCCUUGAGGCAAAUUGUUCCUUCUUCUUUUGAACGAGGAUUAGAGACAAUCUCGGAAGAAACACUUCAUUUUGAAUCAGUUGAAGAUGAUAUUGUACCAAGCUCCAAUCCAGACUCUCCCCUAUUGGACUAUCAGACAAAGCUUAGUAUCCAGUCUGAGCUCAAGCAUAAAGACCCAUGUGAGAUUCCCAGCAGUAUUGAAGGCCAUCCUGUGAAGGUCCAAGAGGAUGACCUUCAUUGUCAUUGUAAAGGAAGGGAAUAUGCAAGGUUCAUGCUGGAGAACUUGGUUGAUGUCACUUCUGACUCAAGGCAACACCAGACCUACAAUGAUAUGUGCAAACAGUUAGUCCCUAUUACUAUUAAGGAUCCGUUCGCAAACCUUCCUCCUGAGCAGACAGCUGAAGACCUACGAUUAGGGACAAAUGAACAUAAAGAUAUCACAACUGAGCCUUUCACAGAGCUGGAGUUAAUGAAAGAUUUAGAGAAACUUCCUGAUGCAUGGAAGGACAAACAACAAAACAAUGAAGAACUUCUACUGCCUGAGCUGGUUUCAAUGGCCCAUUUUGAGAACAAUCAUCCAAGUAUGUGUGAUGUCAUGCCUGACUACUGCCUAAGGUUGGAAGAGGAUAGCUAUACUAAGCAGUUUGAUUGGUCUGAAACAGAGUUUCUAGGAUUGGACUCCACUUCAACUAAAUCACAUCCAGAACAGCUUCCUCAUAUCAGUCAAACUGAUGGUGAUCCUAUCAAGCUGAAUUGUGAAGGCCUUGGUCCAUCGGAAGAUGUGGAAUCCAGUGAUGUUCAAAAAAGAUCUUUGGAGUCUCCACAAACCCCUAUUGAUGUUUCUACGACCUCAGAAAAUCCAGGACAAGACAAUGAGAAGCUUCCUAUAACUCCUAUAUCAUGCUUUGAUACUGAGAUCGUGACUCCAAAGACCAAAGAGAAGACAAAAAAGAGAAUAUGGAAGACUGAACAAUAUUUGCAUGAGGCAGUGGCACUUAGUCUUAAAGUUCCUGAGGUGAAGAAUAUGGAUAAACCUAAUCCUCUCUUGUCACCCAAGUCAGAACUUGGCUUGACCAAAGAACAUGGCAACACCGAUGUUGAUCUGUUAUUACCAUGGCAACUAGUCAAUAUGUCAAAGGUUAUGAAGAACAAGAAGUUUACAAUGACCAUUGAGGGAUUAGAGGGUGCAGAUGAGAUCAAAAUGUUAGACAGUAAAGUGGACAGCUGCCAAGAACCAGUGGUUAAAGAAGAUUUAUCAAUAGAUGAUGAUGAGAGUGAUAUAAUGUUAGAGCCUUUGGAAGUGGAGACAAAGCAGCCUUCUAAAGAAUGUUCAUCAUCUGAUUCUGAUGAACAAACUGAAAAUUCUGAAGAGCAUAUGAAUACGACGUCAGAUACAUCUGUCACUGAAAAUGAGAAGCCACUAGCUGAGGAGAGUAAGGAGAAGAAAGAAGAUGCUGCUCCCAAAAGAUGUUCUCCUAUAGGGGAUCCAUUGAUGGACUUCUUAAAGCUUAGAUGCAAGGAAUCUCUCAUCAGGAAGGACCUGCCUCCUCUCCCACCCCCACUCCUUCCAAGAGCAGAUCAGAGUAGCAAAGAGCUUCAAUUGAAAAGCACAAAUGACGCAAAGACUGUUUCCAAGCCUGUGGUAAUUAAAAAGGAGAUUCUAGAUCAUGAUGACUCCAAAGAAUCUGAGCUAACACCUACCAAGUCUGGUAAUAAAAAGUCAAAGAGCAGAACAGUUGAAGUUACUCUGACAGCACCAUUUGUUGAGAUGAUGAAAGUACUAGAAGAUGCCCUAACUCCAGUGAUGAAUCACCUUCAUUCUACCAAUGUACUGUCACCAUCCUACACACUCCAUACACUCACACCAGAUGUUUCUAGAUUCCUCCUACUACAGUAUGAAAAGCAGAGUAAAUCUACAGACAAAGAAGACACAGAAGAAUAUCAACAAAUUGUUCUCCUUCACAGCUAUGUAACUGCUAUAGAUCUGAUGAUACACUGUGAUGCUGUAUCAGCAAUCAUGCACUUGGCCCUUGCCAAUGAGAGAUAUAAAGAUAUCCUAAGAGAUUUGAUAUAUGUACAUGGAUAUCAUUGA